CCAUAAAGCAUAAUCAAUCUCAGACGUCUGCACUGCUGCAGCGGUUGUGUGCGCGAUGUCAAACGGGGACAGGGUGGUUUUAGCGCUCGGUGGAGCAGGAACUGUCGGCUCCGGGAUAGUGAAAGCUCUCCUGGACAGAGGUUUCAAGGUUGCUGUGAUCUCCAGAGACAGCAGCAAGUUGGACAAACUCAAGGGGUUUGUUUCACCUAGCACAAAAAAUAACCUGACCACUUUAGUGGGGAAUGUUGGCUCAGAAGAAGGAGUGGAGGAGGUCAAACAGGCCUUGGUAAAGUCUGUGGGUAAGAUCACAGAUGUGGUGUCCUCUCUGGGCUUCAGCUGGUGGCAGGGAGGUCCACCUCACACCCAGCCCGUCAAAGAACUGCAAUGGGUUAUUGAGACUCUGCUUUUCAGCACCUUUGUGUCUUGGAAAGCAUUUUUCCCUUUGGUGAAAGAUGAUCCUAACUGCACCUACACGCUUAUCACAGGAGGUGCUGGAGAGAAAGUGCUCAUGCCGGGCACAGGGUUCCUGACCGUAGGAGCAGCCAGCGCUCUGGCGUUCUGUCAGGUUCUGCGUGAGGAAUACCCAGAGGUGCCAUGCAAACUCAACCAGGUGAAAAUCAAUACGGGUGUGGCGGCCCCAGAACGAAUGGCCCCCGGGUACCUGAACCACUUGGAUUUAGGGGAAGCCGUGGCUACGCUGAUAGAGCGCCGCAACACGUCUCACACCGUCUUCCCCGUGAGCUCUCCUGCCGACCUAAAAACUGUUAUCUUGGAGGGCCAUCUGUAAGCAAGCCCUGUCAGAUUUUCCUCUGUAUUCACUUUCUCCUGUUAGUUUGCAUGUACUGUUUUAUUGCAUGACAGCAAAACAUUUCUGUAUUGAAAAUCCCCAGCUUUGUCAUAAUAUAGUCAUACUCAUUGUGCUCAAAACAAAUCAAUAUAAUAACCAAUGGAAUGGUACAGAUGCUUUGGAGUGCAGCUGAGCAUAAACGCAGACCCAGAUAUACAAGCUUGACAUUGAAGAACAGAGCCACGUGUGAGGAUGGUUGUAAAAACAAACUUUUUCACAGUUAGAGCAUGAGAAAGAACAUAGCAGGUUGUUGGCACACUUGCAUCCCCGUAGCGUGACUCCCCUGCCCUUGUUCAGUCCAAACUUAUCUGGCUGUUGCUUCCACAGCUUCAAUUAUUCCCAGCCGUGUGGCCCAUAAUAAGCAUGUGAGGGGGCAAGGGGUUCAGAAGGAGGACGUUUUUGUUUUGUUUGCGAUUAUCAUAUGAUAUCUGCAUAAAUGCUUUAGCGGUAUGAAUGUAAAUUUGCCAUUAAAAGAAUCUGGAUUCAGUGAACUGUCUAAUUAAAGGUUUUGUCAGCUGUGGUUAAAACAUAACACUUUUCACCCACAUGUCAUUCCAAACCCUCAUGACUUACUUUCUUCUGUGAAACAAGAUUUUAAAAUAUCAAUUCUUUAAGAAAAAAUGUAUACAGUACCAGUCAAAAGUUUUUGAACAGUAAGAUUUUUAAUGUUCUGCUCACCAAGGAUGCAUUUAUUUGAUCCAAAGUACAGCAAAACAGUAAAAUUGUGAAAUAUUUGUAUUAUUUAAAAUAGCUUUUCUAUUUAAAAUGUAAUUUAUUCCUGUGAUCAAAUCUGAAGUUCCAGCAGCAUAACUCCAGUCUUCAGUUUCACAUGAUCCUUCAGAAAUCAUUUUAACAUGCUGAUCUGAUGUUCAAGAAACAUUUUUUUAAUUAUCAAUAUUUGAAACAGUAAAUUUUUUCUCAGGAUUUUUUGAUGAAUGGGAAGAUCCAAACAUUUAUCUGAAAUACACAGCUUUUGUAACAUUAUUACCUUUCAAAAGCUUGAAGUCAAUUUUUUUUGAUGGGGGGGGGGGGGUUAUAGGAUGCUUUAAAUUCAGGCAGAAAAUCUGAAUAUUAGAAUUAUAGAAUAUUAGGAUCAUGCGAGUAAUGAUGCUAAAAAUUCAGCUUUGAAAUCACAGAAAUAAAUAAAAUUUUAAAACAUUUAAAUAGAAGACUUAUUUUAAGUAGUAAAAAUAUUUAAAAAAUUGUACUGUUUUUGCUGUACUUUGGAUCAAAUAAAUGCACGCUUGGAGAGCAGAAGAAAAAAUAUAUAUAUAUAUAUAUUUAAAAGUCUUACUGUUCACAAACUUUUGACUGGAAGUGUAGCUUUGAAAUGACAUGAGGGUGAGUACAUGUUAAGAGUUUUCAGACCAAAAAGAGUGCCAUUCUGUUCACACCACCAAAAACAGUGUCUCUGUUACAUGGUUUAGUACUUGUCUGAGUGAAAUGAAUUUAAGGGCGCACUUAUAAUGUGUGUCUGAGGAAAUUAAAAUAAAAAAAAGAGAAAAUCUCCCAGACUCCUAGUUUUU